ACUCUCCUCCUUCAGUCGCUUCUGGGGCUUCAUUCCCUUUCUUUUAACACAGUUGUCAAGUUCCCUCUCUCUCUCUCUCAGCGGAGUAUCGUAGCACCUGGACCUGACAUGGCGACGGAGAUAACUAAAGGUGUGGAACAAGUCUCAGUGGGUGAGGUGUAUGUGUCGGACAAAUGUGGCUGCGACAACGAUGGGGACGGCACGGAGCAGAAACCCUUCAAAACUCCUCUCAAGGCUCUGAUGUCCGCUGGGAAGGAGCCGUUCCCGACCAUCUACGUAGAAUCGCAGAAGGAGGGAGAGCGUUGGGCGGUGAUCUCCAAGACGCAGAUGAAGAAUGCAAAGAAAGCCUUUAACCGCGAGCAGUUGAAGUGCGACUCCAAAGACAAGAAGGAGGCAGAGGACACCGAGAGGAGAGAGAAGAACCUGGAAGAAGCCAAGAAGAUCACCGUUGAGAACGACACCAGCCUGCCUGAGCCUGAAACGGUUAAAAUCCAAUAUCUGGAGGCCAAGAGAGGCCAGAGAGUCAAAGUGUUUGGAUGGGUUCAUCGCCUCAGGAGACAGGGGAAGAACCUGAUGUUCAUCGUGCUGAGAGACGGAACUGGUUUCCUCCAGUGUGUCCUGUCUGAUAAGCUGUGCCAGUGCUACAAUGGCAUGGUGUUGUCCACAGAGAGCACUGUCGCCCUGUACGGGACUGUCACUCCAGUUCCUGAGGGGAAACAGGCGCCCGGAGGCCACGAGCUGCACUGCGACUUCUGGGAGCUGAUCGGCUUAGCUCCGGCCGGCGGGGCCGACAACCUGCUGAACGAAGAGUCGGAUGUGGACGUCCAGCUGAACAACCGACACAUGCUGAUCAGAGGAGAGAACGUCUCCAAGGUCCUCCGGGUCCGAUCCGCCGUCACGCAGUGCUUCAGGGAUCACUUCUUCAGCAAGGGAUACUGCGAGAUCACUCCUCCGACCAUGGUGCAGACUCAGGUGGAGGGCGGCUCCACGCUGUUUAACUUCAACUACUUUGGCGAGCAGGCGUACCUGACGCAGUCCUCUCAGCUCUACCUGGAGACCUGCAUACCUGCCCUGGGUGACACCUUCUGCAUCGCCCAGUCGUACCGGGCCGAGCAGUCCCGCACCCGCAGACACCUGUCCGAGUACACUCACAUCGAGGCCGAGUGUCCCUUCAUGUCGUUUGAGGAUCUGCUGACCAAACUGGAGGACCUGGUGUGUGACGUGGUGGACCGAGUGCUCAAAUCUCCCGCCGCGCAGCUGCUCUACGACAUCAACCCCAACUUCAAACCCCCCAAGAGGCCGUUCAAGAGGAUGGAGUACACUGAAGCCAUCGAGUGGCUCAAAGAGCGCGACAUCAAGAAGGACGACGGCACCUACUACGAGUUUGGAGAGGACAUCCCCGAGGCUCCAGAGAGGUUGAUGACAGACAGCAUCAACGAGACCAUCCUGCUCUGUCGUUUCCCGGCUGAGAUCAAAUCCUUCUACAUGCAGCGCUGUGCCGAUGACAGGCGCCUCACUGAGUCGGUGGACGUGUUGAUGCCUAACGUUGGCGAGAUCGUCGGAGGCUCGAUGCGUAUCUGGGACGCUGAAGAGCUGCUGGAGGGAUUCAAGAGGGAGGGAAUCGACCCGACCCCUUACUACUGGUAUAAUGAUCAGAGGAAGUAUGGCACAUGUCCUCAUGGCGGUUACGGUCUGGGCCUGGAGCGCUUCCUCACCUGGCUGCUGAACAGACAUCACAUCAGAGACGUCUGCCUGUACCCACGAUUCAUCCAGCGCUGCCGACCCUGAGCAUGCACACACACACACACACACACACACACACACACACACACACACAGACACGUUCUGUUAGUAUAUCCGGACCUGGCAUGUGGCAGCAACCUGUGAGCCAUUAAAUGUGUCGCUACAAUAUUAAAUCAAAUCACAAAGAAUUGUA